CGGGUAACGGGAGCACCGGCGGAGAGGCGGCACCUGUGUGCCUACAGGAAAUCCACGACUUGUUUAAAGAUUAUGAAAUCAAGUAUUGUUAUGUGGACAGGAAUAAAAGAACAGCAUUUGUCACCCUGUUGAACGGGGAGCAGGCCCAGAGCGCCAUCAGGAAAUUCCACCAGCAUUCCCUGCGUGGCAAGGAGAUCUCCGUGCAGCUCCAGCCGACGGAUGCUCUGCUGUGCAUCACCAACCUGCCCCUUUCCCUCAGGAUAGAGGAGUUUGAGGAGCUGGUGCGUGCCUAUGGCAAUGUGGAGAGGUGUUUCCUGGUCUACAGCGAGCUCACCGGCCAUUCCAAGGGCUAUGGAUUCGUGGAAUACAUGAAGAAGGACUCUGCUGCCAAGGCCAGGCUGGAACUCCUGGGCAAGCAGCUGGAGGAGAGCACUCUGUUUGCACAAUGGAUGGAUGUGAACCAGCUGACCACAAACCUCAUUCACUCCAAGUGCCUUUGCGUGGAUAAAUUACAAAAAGACUGCGCUGAUUCGAAAGAGCUGAUCCAGGCUUUCUCCCUCAAGUACAAACCUGUGUUCUGCCAGUUUGCCCAGGACGAGGACGGCGGCAGCGGGGACUUUGCCGUGGUGGAGUACGAGAGCGCGGAGCAGGCAGAGAGCGUGAGAGGGGCCAUGGACGGGGUGACCAUCAACGGCAGGAGGGUCCAGGUGUCCUUCUGUGCCCCUGGAGCACCGGGCAGGAGCACCUUGGCAGCUCUGAUAGCAGCACAGAGGAUGAUGAGGAACAACAGGAAGGGCUUGCUUCCAGAGCCAAAUCCAGUGCAGAUCAUGAAAAGUUUUAACAAUCCAGCAAUGCUGCAGAUGCUGCUGCAGCCCCAGCUGCGUGGCCACGCUGUUAAACCUGUUCUUGGAGCAUCUGCAGGUUUACCUCACCUCAUAAAUUCAGCAGUUGGGCCACCUUUUUUGCAGUUGAAUAAAGUUCAUCAGAGCUCAAUUCUGGGGAACACCUCCAGCCUGCUGCUGCAGAGCCCUGCCCACCUGCCCCUGCCCCAGCAGCAGCUCCUGAAGAUGGAAAACAUGCAGGCAAACAGUAAACCAGGUUUGCUGGGAGAACCUCCAACAAUGCUCCUGCAGACAGUGCUGGGCAUAGGGGUGAUGCCAGCAGUGAACUCAGGCCUGGCAACACGAGGAGAAGCUCUCAAGUCAUCUAACCCCGCUGCCAUUGCAGCAGCGGCAGGGAUGGGCAUGCUGCCAUUCUUCCCAAAUCAGCACAUUGUUGGACAAGCUCUUCCCGGGCCCAACGCCGCUCCAGACAAAGGCGAGGCGGUGCCGGGAGCGCAGCCCUUCCCUCCGGCACUGCCCAGCCUCCCCGCCGGGGCCCUGCGUGCUGCCCCCUCCAAGGCUCCCGGGCAGCUCAAGAACUGCGACUCCAGCCUGGGGGUAAGGAGCAUGCAGCACAAACACUGCCUCUCCCUCCUCUUCUGUCUCCUCUUCCCUCUCUCCUCUUC